AUGAACUUCAUAAAAACACACAUCUAUGAACAGGAGUACACCAAUGAAGGAAUAAAAGAACAUGAAAAAGACGCCAGGAGCGCAAAAGAAAUUAACGAAAAUAAGAGGCUAAAGGAACUACCAGAAUUUAAAAGGGACAAUCAAUUCUUAAGCCUAUCGGAACAACUAGAAUUGAAAAAAAAUAACAACAAUGGUGGAGGUGGACUCGGAAAAGAAGAUGAAGCAGGACUCAUCAAUAUUUAUGAUAUGCCAAAUAUGACAGAAGAAUAUGCAGAAUAUUACGACAAUUAUGCGAAACAUGAUAUUUAUAGUAUUGAGAAAAUCAGGGAGAGAGAAAAAGAAGUAGAAUUUGAAUUUAAAGAAGCUAUAAGAAGUUAUGCAAAGAAAAAAGAAUUAAAGGAAAAAGAAGAUGAAGCGGAUUUGCGGAAGGAAGAAAGUAAUCAUGUUAACUUACGUGAGAUAAAAAAAAAUAUGAAUAAAAAAAAAAAAAUCACUCCAGUGAAGACCAGUGUGAAGGCAAUUAUAAAGACGAAGAAAAAAAGUGCCAUUGCUUCUCCAAAGGGGGGCCAUGCCGACGUCAAAAAGGCUUCCACCCUCAAGAACAAUUCACUGUUGCUUGGUUAUUCGGAUUACUCGGAU